GCCACCUGACGGUCUGUAAUAAAACGAAUUGUUUGAGUUGAAUGUCUUUGGUGUUUCUACCUCUUAUGAGCUUCAAGGAUUUACUUUUAGUGCAGUUUGUUUUACCGUUUUAUAUGUACAAUAUCCGAAAGUUCGACUACAUUGUCCAUGAUGUCUUUCCUUUUUAAAGACAUUAGAAUCUGAUUUGAGGGAGAUUUGGUUGCUGCUUCUAGCAGGUCAUACAACCAUGUAGAUGCUCCCUCGUUUGCUUUAAGAUGAAUUAGAAAUAGCUAUGCCUGCUUCUACAUCCUUGUUUCAAACCUCAGCAGAGACAGCUUUGCCUUUCAUCCCUUCAACAUCAGCAAAUUGAAAUGUUUUUGUGAGACCUGUUACCAUUUCAAUAACACCAGUUAUAACUUCCUCUUUUUCGAGAAAGACAAAGAUCCCAUCAACCAACAGAGCCUUUUUUUUCAAUCAUUGUGUUAUAAAAUACGUGGUUAGGCACAACAAGGGAGAUCAUAGCUCCACUAUACAGUAACUCUCUCCCUUGGUUGCCAACCACGGCACUGUUGAUGUUGCACUAGCCAUGACGAUCAUGGAAGAUCAAAUAGAGUUAACUGAGGGGUGUCGCCUCCCCGUACUGCUAAAGAAUGGUGAAGGCUGGCAUUCGGCGGAGAUCCUCAGCAAAAAAGAAGUCGGUGGUAAGCCGCUCUACUAUGUGCAUUUCGACGAUUUUAAUAAACGACUUGAUGAAUGGGUGCCAGAAGAAAGAAUGGACUUGACUAAAGUUGAGAUGGCUAAAAAAGAUUCCAAAUCAGCCAAAAAAGAUUCUAAAACUGGUGAAGAAAACAGUCGCCCUAGUACUCCAGAGAGGGAUGCACUUCUUGUGGUUGCAGCUCAGUUAGCAAGCCUGCCACCAGUUGCAAGCCCUAUACCACCUGUAGUAUUGCAGACUCCUGCAGGCUCUCCUGACACGGACAUUAAUAUGUCCAACGGCUUCGCCCGACAGAAAGUUCCAGCAAAUGGCUCUCUGCAGAAACAGAAGUCCACUCCAGGAAGGAAACGGAAAUCAACUUUAGAAGAAGAAGCUUGCACCCCUCUGACCCCUCAAACAGAAUUACUUCCAGUCACUUCUGAGAGUGGUCAGCCCAAGUUACCACGUCAAACAGGCAGCAUGGUGGCCCACCACGAUGACUUUAUCACUCGCAUGAAGAACAUUGAAAUGAUUGAAAUCGGCAAGUAUCGUAUUGAACCUUGGUACUUCUCACCUUACCCUCAGGAACUCACUCAGCUACCCAUUGUCUAUAUCUGUGAGUAUUGUCUCAAAUAUGUCAAAAGCAAUAAAUGUCUUCAGCGACAUCUAUCCAAGUGCUUAUUGCGACAUCCACCUGGCAAUGAGAUUUAUCGCAAGAACCACGUUUCUUUCUUUGAAAUUGAUGGUCGCAAAAACAAGACUUAUGCACAGCAUCUCUGUCUGCUGGCUAAACUGUUCCUCGACCACAAAACUUUAUAUUACGACACAGAUCCAUUUUUGUUUUAUGUUCUCUGUGAAUUGGAUUGUCGUGGUUACCAUAUAGUUGGUUAUUUUUCAAAGGAGAAAGAAUCUAGCGAAGACUACAACGUUGCUUGCAUCCUUACCCUUCCCCCUUACCAAAGAAAGGGAUACGGCAAGUUAUUAAUUGAGUUCAGUUAUGAGCUUUCUAAAUUUGAAGGCAAGACAGGCUCUCCUGAAAAACCGCUUUCGGAUCUGGGUUUACUUUCGUAUCGCAGCUACUGGUCACAAACCAUUCUCGAUAUUUUGAUAAACUUAAAACCAAAUGAGGCUGGUGAACCUCCCAGCAUCACCAUCAAUGAAAUCUCUGAGAUGACUAGCAUCAAAAAGGAGGACGUCAUUUCAACACUACAACAUCUUAACCUUAUAAACUAUUACAAAGGACAGUAUAUCAUUACAUUAUCACAUGAACAGCUGGAAUCACAUUUCCGUGCGAUGGAUAAGAGGAAAACCUCCAUAGAUUCAAAAUGUUUGCAUUGGCAACCAAAAGACUGGAGUAAACGCGGGAAGUGGUAACUAAUUUUCACUUUCUGGCCCUACUCCACACCCCCAAAUCUCUGUUGCUCACUGCUCCAUCAUUUUCUUUCUUCUGCUCUUAAUCUUUUUAGCUAUUCACUGUAGCAUCGACAGCAUCUUGAAACUGAUGUCGGUAGUGUGUGAUUAGCUGGCUGUGAGAAAGAUGGCUACCUGCUUCAACCACAUUUAGCUGUUAUUAUUAUGUCUGACCUGGAAAAUGCCUUUGUAUACAUUUGUGCAAAAGUGUUACCUAGAAAAAAAAAACAUUGAAUUUGCUUGUUGAUGAUACAUAUAUGCUUGCAUGCAUGCGUGUAUGUAUGUCCCUAAUAGAUGUUUAUAUUUGUGUAUAAAUGAUAAAAAGUAGAAAACACAUGCAGAGAAAAACACUGAGAUGAGUUUUUUUAUUGUCUUAUUUGAAUCAUUCUUUUGUAUGUGGAUGGGUGAGUCUCUGCGAAGAAUUUUUCUUGUCGAUGUUUGGAUAUAAAACUUGUGUAUGCAUAGAUUAUGUUUAUAUAUGCAUGAAUUAAAAAGGUUUGUGUAUGAGUGUAAUACAUACAUAUACACAUAUAUACUGUAUAUUGAAAUAAUAGCAUGCAAUUCAAUAUCAAAAAAAAUUCCUCACGAAGGUAUAUUAUGUCUAAAAUAGCAUUGUAUUCAAAAUAUAUGUAAAUAUAUGAAACAUGGCAGCUUAAAAAAUUGUUAAUUAGAAGAAUGCCUUCCAUCUCAUUCUUUUUAUUAAGUCAUUGGUUUUCUGAAGCAAGGAUAAUAAAUAUGUGUUCUUACAAGGAAUCGGUAUAUCUUUAAGUGAAAUUCCCAGAUAUUGCUUUUCCAUGUUUAAUAAAUUCAGUACUAAGUGCUCUUUCUAAAUAGAGAGCACAAUAUGUAACAUUAAUUAAAGGCAUUCUUCUAAUUAACAAAUUUUUAAGCAGUCAUGUUUCAUAUAUUUAUAUAUAUAUAUAUAUAUAUUUUAAUACAAUACUAAUUUAGACAUAUACAUCUUCAUGAGAAAUUUUUUUGAUAUUAAAUUUCAUGCUAUUAUUUCAAAAUACAGUAUGUAUAUAAUCGCUCGUAUUAAUGUCUAAAUACUUUAUAGUAUUAAUAUUUUUGACAUUUUAUACAAAGAGCACUCAUUAUAAAUUCAGUGUAUAAUAUUCCAAGAGAAUAUAUUUAAUUAAUGAUACAUAUAGACAUAGUCGUAGCUGUGUGGUAAGUUAGCUUCCCAACUAUAUGGUCGUGGGUUCAAUCCCAUUAUGUGGUACUUUGAGUGUCUUCUGCUAUAGCCUCAGGCUGACUAAAAUUUUGUGACUGGAUUCAGUAGGUGGAAACUGUAAGAAGCCCAUCAUAUAUAUAUAUAUAUGUGUGUGUGUGUAUGUCAUUAUGUCUGUGUUUGCUCCCCAGUCUUGGUGUGAUUUUGACCCUGUGACAUAGCAGUUUGGUAAAAGAGACUGAUAGAAUAAGUACCAGGCUUUAAAAAAAAGUUCUUCAAGUCACUACUCCAGCAUGGCUGCAGUCUAAUGACUGAGAAAAGAAAGAAAAAGACUAUAUAUGUGUGUCUGUGUGAAUUUAGGAAUCAAACAUGAAAGUGACUCAAAAUCCAAAGGGGAGUCUGUAUGAGUUAAAAAUAACUAUAGAGCAAAUAGUUAUAGUUUACUGAUUUCAUUUAUUAGCAAGAAACUCUGCUUUCGCUAAUUCAGCAGCUCGUCUGAAACUACUUCAUCUGAGCUGUAAUAUUAGCAGAGUUUCUUCACUAAAACGUUAUAUCUUCAAAUUAUACAACUAUAUAUGUGUGUGUGUGCUUGUAUACAUUUACAUACACAUAUACACACUGUGUGUGUAUGUGUACAACUGUAGACAAGCGAUGUCAAACAAAUGGUAAUGGUAAUUUUCAUCAGACAUGGUCCGACAGAGCAGUGCAUUUAUUUUCAGACAGUUUCUUUUUUUUUCAAAGAACUCCUCCAAUCACAAAAGUAGGAUGUGUUCAUAUUCUAAACUAUGGUAAACGACACCAGAUUCCAUCACUUUGUUCAUCUAGAAAAAAUAAAUUUGUUAAUAUACCUCUCAGUAUAUACAUCAUA